AGUCCCCCCUUGCAACAUUCAGAUGAAUCAUUUCGUGUUUGCACUGUGUUUAUCCUCACUCAUCGUGGUGUAUUCCAGAAAAAAAAAGUCUCUGACAUGGGAUGGUGCUGCCGCCGCAUUCGCACUUGGUAUGGUGACCUUUUCUUCUUCCCUCAAUGUCUUUACCGUCGUGCUCUUGACUUUCUUCUUGACCAGUUCCAAACUCACCAAAUUCAAGGCAGACCGAAAACGCUUAUUGGAAGCUGAAUAUGAAUUAUCCAGUGAACGUAAUUGGAUUCAGGUACUCUGUAAUGGCUUAGCGGGUGGUGUCGCUGUCUCUCUCUUUCAGAUUCUGUGUGAGUCUUCUUCUUAUGCUUGCUAUGAUCAAGCACGUUGGAGUACUGUCUUAAUGUGGGCUUACAUUGGUCAUUAUGGAUGCUGUGCUGGUGAUACUUGGGCUAGUGAAUUAGGUAUUCUCAACAAGAGUUUACCCACACUUGUUACCACACUCAAAAAGGUCCCAGCAGGCACCAACGGGGGUGUCUCGGAACUCGGAUUAGCUGCGUCUUUGGCCGGUGGCGCUGUAGUAGGCUUAUCCGCUGCCAUCACUUUAGCUCUGGAACAAUCCUGUCAUGGCUUUGCAUGGGAGAUCGUGCUUGUUGGCUCUUUAGCAGGAUUAGGCGGAUCCAUGAUUGAUUCGUUCUUGGGUGCUACAGUACAAGAAAGUUUAUAUUCAGAGGAUCAAAAGAUUAUUGUGCCUGGAAGAAAGGCAGGUGAGAAUAUCAAGGUGAUUUGUGGUUCCCCUAUCCUUAGCAACCACCAAGUGAAUUUCUUAGCUUCUUUCCUCACCACUUCCAUCUGUGCUUUUGCUGCCUACUAUCUCUACCCACUUGCUUAACAACAACAAAAAAUUGUUUUUAAUAAUAUAUAUAUAUAUAAAUGUUUACAUAUAUCCCCCUCCAAUUCCUUAUUUUCAAAUAGUUUUAUUAUUCUCUUUUUUUUUGUUUUGUUUUUGUUUCCUUAUUGUGUUGCAGUAGUGGUGGUAGUAGUGGUAGCUCCAACAUUUUGUU